CGAUGCGUGAGACGAGUGAUUAGAAAUGCAUAGUACAAUUACCCCUCCUCGGCUAAGUCUUAUACACUUCUGUCUUCCUUCACAACACUUUCACUUCCCUUCACUCACCUGCGCAAUCACAAGGCACCAUGUCUGCAAUCGAAAAGGGCUCGACCGUCCUAGUCACCGGCGCAAAUGGCUUCAUCGCUUCCCACAUUGUUGACCAGCUCAUCCAAUCAGGCUACAAGGUCCGUGGUACUGUGAGAACUGAAGCAAAGGGCAAAUGGGUUCAAGACUUCUUCGACAACAAGCACGGCAAGGAUAAGCUCGAGCUCGAAGUCGUGCCUGACAUGGCCGAGAAGGGUGCUUUUGAUCAUGCCGUCAAGGGCUGCUCUGGUGUCAUUCACGUUGCGACCAACAUCUCAUUCUCAAAAAACCCCAACGAAGUCAUCCCUAGUGUCAUCGCCGGCGUGACUCACACUCUCGAAGCUGCCAACAAGGAGCCCUCGGUCAAGCGUUUCGUCUUCACUUCCUCUAGUACCGCAGCCACCAAUCCCGUACCGGACAAGGAGUUCAACAUUGACGAAUCAUCCUGGAACCAAGUCGCCAUCGAUAAGGCUUGGGCUGAUCCGCCAUAUACCGAGGCAGACAGGGCUUGGAACGUUUACGGUGCGAGCAAGACCCAGGGCGAGCAAGCGGUCUGGAAGUACGUCAAGGAGAGCAAGCCUCACUUUGUAUGCAACACCGUCUUGCCCAAUGCAAACUUCGGUCCCAUCCUCGACAAGAGCCAGGAUGCUAGCACUGCUGGUUGGAUCAGAGAUGUCUUCACUCAGGGCUUUGCUCCUCAGCUCGAGCAGAUUCCCCCUCAAUGGUUUGUCAACGUCCAAGACACUGCUCGCUUGCAUGUCGCAGCCUUGAUCGAUUCCGACAUCAACAGCGAACGUAUCUUUGCCUUUGCCGAGCCAUACAACUGGAACUCUGUCCUCGCCGCCAUGCGCAAGGCCCGCCCGGACAAGAAAGUCCCUGAAGAUCGCAAAGACAACAGCAAGGAUUUGAGCAAGGUCUUACCCAAGGCACGUGCUAAAGAGAUCUUGAAGAAACACUUUGGACAGAAUGGUUUCAUUGGUCUUGAGGAGUCGAUCAAGGCCAACAUCCAGAACCUGUAGAUAGCGUGGGGACUCGAGGAUCUAUUGCUUUCUGGAAGAGGAGCUUACAUCAAUGGGUGCGUGGCCCAAUGGCAAGGCGCUUGACUACGAAUCAAGAGAUUGCAGGUUCGAUCCCUGCCGUGCUCAAUCUUCUUUUGCUCCGUUACGUUGAACUACCACCGGUCAGUUUUGGAGAAGAACAAUUUUUUUGCAAUGCUUGAAAUCAGCCGCUCGGAUGUAACGCUUGUUUCACGUCAUAAAUCUUGGCAUCAAUUCCUCUGCUGUCGACGGGGUAACCCUGAUCCCAAAACGCAACCUCUGUAGAUAUGGCCGUCACUCACAACCUUUGG